GUGGUAUUAGUGCUGCUGACUAGUACAUGGGGAUUGCAUUAAUCUGUUACAGCACAGGCCCGAUUGAAAUGUUAUUUUGACCAAACGUUCCUCAAAACAGUAUGCUGUUUUUGUGGGUCUGCCAGAUUAAAAACGACAGACUACAAAACAUGGUCACGCUCUCAAAGAACAACGAAGACUGGGAGCUCAGACGUCCGAGAGGGCGACGCUGCAGGAUUUUAUGUCCGAAGCUGUAACUAGCUUCGCGGAGGGUACAUGAAAUGGAAACAGCAGAACAUGGAGAUGUGGUUCUUGUUUUGCCCGUCGAUGUCAACGAAAACGAAGAGGCAGGUAAAUCUUACGGUUCACAUGCCGACUGUAAUAUAAUAGCAACGCCUCGCCCAUUGGACGACAACGGAAGCCGAGUAUGCGCGGCGGAUGAGGGUCAAACGGGGAAAGGUUAUGUUUAUAUAGCCAGCAAUGGGAAGAAUCCAAUCGUUGACUGUGUCGUGUUACCAUCGCAGAACGUCCGAGUUGGGAAUACAAUAAUGCGGGAUUUGGUUGCAGACUGUCUCCCCACUAAGAUGAAUGAAAGCGGUGUAAUUUCAGACCUGUGCAACGACCCACCGCACCCGAACGACCACAGACUUAAUGGUUUUACUGAGUCAUCGGUUCAGCUGAUGGUCGGGUCUGAAGCUGACGGAGGGGGGAGCGGGGGGCCCUUUUCCUGCUCAGACACAGCUGCAAACGCCUACAGACACGAGGAGGGGAACGGAAUGUUACUGCAGCUGGCUCGUGUUUCACAGCGGGGAAAACUGGAUUAUGAGGGGGAGACUCAAGAUUCCAACUCGGGUACACUGAAAGAGGGGGAUUCUAAUAUGGAGCCAGGGCCACAGCCGCCAUCUCUCUUUCCAUUGUCAUGUAGGCCUAUAGACAACCAUCAACAGAAUUACACGUUCACAGACUCUGUUGAUUUGGACAUGAAGAUGGCCAACGGGGAUAUGGAUUGUUAUUUAUCAAAUGAUGAUUGGUCUACAGAUGUAGAUACUGAUUAUUGUAGCCAGAUGGACACAUGCAACCGACUGCUAUGCCAAGGACUUGACUGCUCUGUCAUGGAAGUAAAUGGUGGCCUGCAUACUGUAAACACUGAAGCUACAUGUGAUUUUGAUGCUGUUUCCUCAGAAAGAACCACAAAUGUUCCAUUUGAUGUCGUCGUGGUGCAUGCUUCUAAUCUGCAGCGCCAAAACAUCCCUGGCAGCCCAGAGGGAGCUCCCCCAGCAGCUGCCAAGCCCCCCAAUGCAGCGAGUAGUGUUCCGGACUCUGAGGGUGUCCCUUCAGAAUCGAGUGCCAAACUCCCGUCUCCCUCUCCGUCAACACUUUCUGAAAACACCAGCAACAGUCCAAACACAGAACCCAGCAUGAGAGAGGAUUUGAGUGAGUGCAGUCUCCCAGCUAGGCCUCUCAGCCUCAGGACUAACCCAAACAUCACAGUCUCUCUCAGCUGUGAUGCCACCCCUCUCAGCCCGGAGGAUGGGGACAUGUUAUUUGGAGAUGAGGGGGGUGCUGACUGCUCUAGAAACACUUAUGAUAUCGGUCGUCGUCAAAGUGCCCCAGAGAAACUCCCCGACGGGUCGACAGUUCUGUCCUCUUCUAAGAAUUUUGGAAUCUCUGAUUUUUUCACCAGGAACCUGUUUUCUAGGAAGCCCAAAGAGCCAAAGCCACCUUCCCAGAAUGCUCCUGGGUGGAGGUUGUUUGGAAAGGUCCCCCUGAAGGAGAACACUACUAAAGAUCCUAAAGACUCCUUCACCAUCCAGCAGGAGUACCAGGUGAAGGUUGGACCAGCUCCAGGCCCCCAGGUCCAGCUCUCUGCAGCGCGGCGGAAAAACCUGGAGUUUGAGCCGUUGUCUACCACAGCUCUGAUACUAGAGGACAGGCCAUCGAACCUUCCUGCCAAGUCUGUUGAGGAGGCCAUGCGUCACAGACAAGAGUAUGACGAGAUGGUGGCAGGAGCCAAGAGGAGAGAGCUGAAGGAGGCCCAGAAGAAGAAGCGUCAGAUGAAGGAGAGGUUUAAACAGGAGGACAGCAUCGCCAACGCCAUGGUCAUCUGGAACAAUGACGUCCUGCCCAACUGGGACUGCAUGCGUAACACGCGUCGGGUCAGAGAGCUCUGGUGGCAGGGCCUUCCUCCCAGCGUCAGAGGACGAGUCUGGAGCCUGGCCAUCGGCAACGAGCUCAACAUCACCCCCGAGUUGUUUGAGAUAUUUCUGUCUCGGGCCAAGGAGAGGUGGAAGAGCUUCAGUGAGACCAGUUCUGAAAACGAGACAGAGGACUCUGGAUCAUUACAGGCGGAUAGAGAGUCAAGUCUGGACCUGAUAAAGCUGGACAUCUCCAGGACCUUCCCCUCUCUCUUUAUUUUUCAGAAGGGUGGGCCCUAUCAUGACCUCUUGCACAGUGUUCUGGGGGCGUACACGUGUUAUAGACCAGACGUGGGCUAUGUCCAGGGGAUGUCCUUCAUCGCUGCAGUGCUAAUCCUGAAUCUGGAGGAAGCUGACGCCUUCAUCGCCUUCGCCAACCUGCUCAACAAGCCCUGUCAGAUGGCCUUCUUCAGAGUGGACCACGACCUGAUGUUGAAAUACUUCGCUGCUUUCGAGGUGUUCUUUGAAGAGAACCUCCCACGGCUGUUCAAUCACUUUCAGACCAACAACCUCACCCCUGACCUUUAUCUCAUAGACUGGAUCUUCACCCUGUACAGUAAGUCGUUGCCAUUGGAUGUGGCGUGUCGCGUGUGGGACGUGUUUUGUCGGGACGGGGAGGAGUGUCUGUUCCGGACAGGCCUGGGCAUCCUGCGCCUCUACCAGGAGGUCCUACUGCAGAUGGACUUCAUCCAUAUGGCCCAGUUCCUCACCCGCCUGCCUGAUGACAUAGCCGCUGACAACCUGUUCAGCUGCAUCACUGCCACACAGAUGCUCAGCAGCAACCGCAAGUGGGGCCAGGUCUUCUCUGCAUUGAUGAAGGAUGGCAAUAAGGAAGUAGCCAACCACAGUCCGGCUCCAAGAAGCUAACGGUUUAGACACACGAACCCCACUACCCAAUGUGUUUCUGAAUCUGUGACACACGCACUUGGAUUUCUUCUGGGGACUGUUGCUAAGGCAACAGGAAUGCUUUGCUUGGUUAUGAAAUGGACACCAAAUGGAUGUAAUACUGGGAGGUGGCAACACAUCCCUACCUAUCUCUACACACACACACACACACACAAAAUGGCAUCAGAAGUGUGACUGAAAUGAAUGUUGGUGCAUCAGAGAACCAUUAGCAACUAUGAAUGAUGAAAUCUGGUAGAAAAUACUUUAGGCCGGGAGAGUUUUGUUAUUGCGCAUACGGCAAGUGGCUAUAAGGAGUUCCCAAAGCUCCUAUCAACACUCCAUUGGUUUGCGUACACUACACACAUUAAGUAUAUGUCCAUUUUCAUCCCUACAUAUCUCCACACACACACUCACAUAAUAACAGCAUUAUAAACAGGCCUUAGGUGGACCAUGAAACCACUGACUCACCCAUACAGUCUUGUCAGAAAUAUGUUAUACUUUCAGAUUGUAAAGCUGUUAAAUGUACUUGUCUCUCUUUGUUUUUAGGUUAUACCAAAUUUCUCCACGACUAAGUGUUUGUAAAUAUGAACUUAAACAUAUGUACCUAUAUUUGUAUGUAUUAAUGUAUGGUAUACACAUACAGUAUUUUCCUCGUGUUCACUAAUUCAACAGGACCCUUGGCAAACAGUGAUUCUGGAAUAGGAAAUACCAACGGUAAAACAAGGAGCGACUUGGUGAAAUCUUUUGAAAAACUAUUGAAUCUGAGUGCUCCUAUGUUAGUUUAAAGGUCCAAUGCAGCAAUUUUUAUCUCAAUAUCAAAUAAUUUCUGCUUAACAAUGAAGUACCUUACUGUGAUUGUUUUCAAUUAAACUAGUCAAAAAGAAACAAAUAGCUUCUUAACAAAGAGCAAUUUCUCAAGGAAGAAUUUUGAUAGCAGUCUCUGGGAGUGGUCUGAGUGAGGGGAAAACGGAAUAGUAGCUGUUAUUGGCAGAGGGAUUUGGAACUCUCUUUCUUAUUGGUGUAUUAACAAAUUUACUGCCUAGUGAUGUCACCAGGCAGGCCAAAACUCCAUGCCACCAAAACAGGUUGACAUUUCAGGCCGUCUUUUCAAACCGCUCUAACACUAAAAGGGCAUUAUCGUAAUUAUCACAAUAUUAUUCCAACCUCGUAGUGUGGAAGCAUAUAUAAAACACAGGCAAAUCAUGUUUUUUGCUGCACUGGGCCUUUUAAAUAAAGCCCUGAAGAGGAGGGUGGGAAAUCAUUUUGAAAUAAAAGUGCAAUAUGAAUCUCAAGGGCCACAUGAUGAUGCAGUGUUUUUGGAGAAACAUGUUUGAAUAACCGCUUUAUGUUGAGUUAAAUCUACAGUUGGUGAUGUCUGAUAGUACAGUGCUUUGAUUAAAUAUUUAGAACGUAGUGGAGAAGGAGAACAACAUUCUAGCAAGAUGUCUGAUUUAUUUUAAGAUUGACAUUUGGUCUGUAUGCAUACUAUUUAAGUUGUAGCAUUGCUUCCUGUAAAAUAAUCAUUCCGCUUGUUUUUGUCCAAUUUACAAUUGUACAGUUUUCAUAUGCCUUACUGGUACUGUAUAUGUAAUGUAAAAAAGAUCUAUUUCGUAAAUGGCCACUAGUUAAAUGUGUAAAUAAAUAUCUGGGCAACAGAA